UGCAACCUAGUUUUUGCCCCAGAAAAGUAUUUUGUACACUGAGUGAUUGGACAUUUUGUGUUGAGUGUAGCUAUCGUCUGAAUCUAAAGUGCUUGCUGUCGGCAUUCAAAGUUAGUCCAAACUACGUCCACGUACGCACAGGUAAAUAUUUACACAGCGUGUCAACGAUUUCACGAGCUGUUCAAACUACAAGGGUGAUUAACAACGUCCCGCAUGCGCACUGAGCCAGCUGACGUAAGUCCGUACCUUACACUUGGCUGGUACACCUGUUGUGUUGGACCGGAUACUGAGGCUGAAAACAGAAAUAUCACGUUAAACGGUACCAUGGAGCUAAAACAAAUCACCAGCAAUCUCUUCUGCGUCCUCCUCUUGAUUCUACUCGCACUUGAAAGUCACGUGCACGCCAAUGAUGGGAACUUGACAACGACGUCGACUACGGACGGGAACGUCACGCACAACCCACAUGACGUCCAUUCCCACCCGCACACACACGUACACACCACAGCAGUCGGUAUUGACCACGGCGGCAUUGACACUAUUGACUGGACGAGUACCCCAGUAAUAAUCGGUAUCGUCGGUGCUGCUAUCGGUGUGCUGGGGCUAGUCAUCGCCAUCGUGUGCGCAGUACGGGCCGGGAAGGCACAGAGCAAGGUGCGCAGGCUACAGAGUAAAGGGCCGGAGUACCGGGAGCUCAACCAGAUGCCGAGUGCCUGACAGUAGCUGAGCUGACUGGACGUUGGAUCAUGGACAACUAUAGAUGAACUUAUUGGUGUUCUGUAAAUCCGUAAAUGUUUUUUUUCCAUGGAUAAUACAAUGUUCUUACGAUCAAAGAAGAUCAUGUAAUACAAAUGUAUUUUGGCUUGAUACGUCAAUGAAGGUUAGACAUCGAGUUGAUACGCCAAAAAAACUGUUACUCAAGCAACUGGAUAUGAUUCCCAAAUCAUAUUGCUCGACUAGCUGCUUUUGGGCGUAUUUUCGAAAAUUACAUUUGACUAUGAUACUGGUAUGGCACCUAUAUUGGAGCGCGAACAAAGUGGUGAGGGUGUAAGUUCCAGAUGACUGUUUCCUGCCUUCCGCUGUUGAAUAUUAGUAACCAUUAUCAUCAUUUUGGGAGCUACAAUAUAGAACAUAUAGAUACUUUUCGCUAAAUACCAGGAAGUUGCACUUGCUUUUUGCUUAUCAGUGAUUUUUUUUAAACUCGGCAGUAGAUCUAUAUGAGAAACGAAUACACAUGACGGAAAUAAGAAAAUGCCUGACGUUAUCUUUAGCUGUAAACAUUCAUAAGGCGUAUUGUCAACGUUGCUUCUUGAUUUCGUUAGCGCACGAGAUGUGAUGAAUGUCAUCAUAUGCAGCUCUAGAUGUCCAGUUGUUGCUAGCGAGAACUGAGAUCACUUUAGUUUAUUAAAUGUAUGUACAGAUUGUACUUUGAGAAUUUAGAUCUGAAAAGAGCAACUGUGGUAACGAACCUACUAGUACACAUAAGGAACUUCAGUGCUGACCGGACAUUACCUUACAUACGUGCGAACUGCCAGAGAUUAAAAGUUUGUUUUUAAUAAGAAAGCUUAAAUUCGUGGUUGAUGCAGUGCGGCUUGAAACAAAUGGUGUAAUAAUGAGGACGGUGAUGUAAUUGGCGUUUUUGUGCACAAUAUGAACCAUUCAGAAUGCUUUCUUUGUGUAUGAGCAUACUUUGUUGCAUUUUCAAUAAAUGAUAGAUAUCAUCGAAAA